AUGGAAGAGCAAGUGCAAAGACUGUCUAAUAAAGUAUGGCAGAUAUACCAGACUACGCCUGCAGACAAGCGUGUUUUAAUCGGGGUCGCCGGCAUCCCCGGCUCAGGAAAAACUACAUUUGCAGAAGCUAUCACGACUCGCAUCAAUGAAAUUGCGUCAAAGCAAACCCCUGAGUCCCCUACACCCGCCGCCUUUUUACCAAUGGACGGCUUUCACUACCCCCGGAGCUACCUCUCCGCACAGGCAGACGCAGCUUUGUAUCAAAGCCGCCGCGGGGCGUCGUUUACCUUUGACGCUGCCAAGUUUCUAGGUGUCAUUAGAAGGCUGCGCAAUGCCCCUCUUGAGGAUAAAAUCAAAGCGCCUUCUUUCGAUCACGCCGUCAAGGAUCCCAUAGAGGAUGACAUUACCAUUGGGCCUACUCAGCGCAUCGUGAUUGUAGAGGGCAACUAUGUGGCACUGAACGCUGACAUCUGGCGCGACGCCGCGGCACUCUUUGACGAGCUUUGGUUUGUCGACAUCGACUUUGAUCGAGCAAGAGAGAGACUGGCGGCCCGACAUGUCAAGGCGGGUAUUGUGACGAGUCUCCAGGACGGAUACAAACGUGCAGACGAGAAUGACCUCAUCAACGGCAAGGAUAUUGUCGAAAACAGAAUGCCGAUUCAAGAGAUUGUUUCUAGCUUUGAUGAUGACGGCUGGUCUCCAGGUGUCUGA